AUGGCCUAUGGAAUCUUGCAGGUACGGGGUCAUGAAGAUUAGAGAGUACUGUUUAGAUAUCAUGGCAUGCAACUUUGAGACAUUUGCCGAGACGCAAGAAUUUAGGGCGAUGCUGUUGACCCUUCCUCCACCUUCUGGAGACUCCUCUCUUCGUACCACGCGCCCUAGUGCUCCUGGGUCCAUAGAUUACUCCGGUCAAGCCAAUCUUCUUGAUGACUUGCGAGAGAAGUGGCUUGAGGCUGAGGGUGCAGAACUUGAUAAGAGAGAUGACAGUGCAGUUCAAUUUGAUAAGCGUCUUGAGAUGCUUAUGCUCAUGGCAGAGAAUGAGGUUAAAUUAUUCUGAUGCUUUUCGCAUCAGCAAAGUUUAAGCAGAGUAUUGUUGCAGAACAUCAGUCCAUGCCGCGGGAAGGCUCUUAGGUAUGUCUGUUGUUUUGUGUUUGUGACGAUUUUGUCGGGCACGUACUGCAACUGGAAUAUUGAAUGUAAAAACGUCUUAUAGAGCACUACGUGCUUUUAUGUGAUGUAUAUAAAAUUAUCAUAGUUCGAUGGGAAAAGUUUCAUGGCGCUCUUUGUAAUGAAACGAGAAUCUUUGUUCUUACUUUGAUAGCUGGGUAGCAUUAGAGUCUAUUCAAGUGGA